GAAGAGCUCGAUUCAGUCGGGGUUGUUUGCUGUGAGCAGUUAACAGAGAAUUCAGUGACCGUUUGAGACGCGACCUUUAACAAACAGAGGUUUUAGAAUCAAUAUAUUCUGCACUGCAUUUCGCGACUUGGUGUCUGUCCAUCUAAAUACAUAAAUUUGAGUUUUGUUCACUCUUGGUGGUAUUGACUUGUAGUUGGUGCCUAUUCGGAAGUAGCUUAGCGGAGCUUUCUAUUCGCUCUUUUUUCAGAUUUUCCUCUUUCCGGGAGUGCCAUCCGAUCUGGUCACUAGUUUCUUCCGAGCGGAGAGGCUGCGACAGUUCAACUGCACACUUUUCCUCGUUUUAUGUCUAGUCUUUUGAGUUUUCCAUUACUCUUCUCGCUUCUUAGACUACACGCAUAACAAAAAACACCUCUCCUAUACUAGAAACAUUAAAAAUGUCCGUAAUAGCCAAUAAUAUCGAUUACCAGCAGAACGCUGAUACCGACCAAAAUAUGGCCUCGCCAUCCCAAGCCAGUCCACUCGCCUCGGCAGCAUCCGGAGCGGCAGCCCUCGGUGGAGGCGCAAGCUCCAGCAGUGGACAAAAAUCAAAUCUUGCAGCGGUAGCAUCUUCAAGCUCCAGUGGAAGCAACGACACCGCCACACAGAUCCUAACCAAACCACGGCUGCAAGAACUAGUUCGGGAAAUCGAUCCUACAGAACAGCUGGAUGAGGAAGUAGAGGAAUUGUUGCUGCAAAUAGCCGACGACUUUGUCGAGAACACCGUUAAUUCUGCCUGUCUGCUAGCUAAGCACAGGAAAGUCUCCAAGGUAGAAGUUCGUGACGUUCAGUUACAUCUCGAACGCAAUUGGAACAUGUGGAUUCCAGGCUUCGGAACCGAUGAACUACGACCUUACAAACGAGCAACGGUUACCGAAGCACAUAAACAGCGGCUGGCAUUAAUCCGGAAAGCAAUUAAAAAGUAUUAGGAAGUACUUCCGCGUCCUGUCCUAACUACAUCGGUUCUGUCAGAAAAAAAAAACAGUGUUCACUUCAAACAGCCCCCAACGAACGUUCAUAUGGCGAAAUUCGAAAUAAAGCUUUUAUUUCAAUAAAUCGACAAACGCUAGCAUGCCAGCAUCGCUUACUU